CUCGCUCGCGCGCGCUGGCGGCCGCGCGCGCACGCACGCAGCGGUCGCUGAGCGGCGCUGUUGCCCCGCGUCAGCGGCCGCCUGCGACGAAUUCACGUCUCAAAUUACAGUUUUCAGCCUCUGAACGCAGUCACGUUGUAGCAACACAUUUUCUUCCGUCUUGCCGCGGCGCGCGCGCGCGACACGUUUGAGUGUGAUGUGACACGAUGCUCUCCCUCCCGCUCCGUCCUGAAGAGAAGCACCUGAUGUUCUGAAUCUGGAUCAGGUUUGGAGGCGAGUCGCCCCCCGAUCCUCGGAUGUGUCAGUCUGGGGGAGGGGGAGGGGGGGUGACGUUCCAUUUUCCAGAGUGGUGGGAGACGGGAAAGCAGAUCAGCUCUGUGGGGCAUUCAGCCGCUCACCAAAGCUCCGGUAAAUCCGGGCUGUGAUGUCGUAACACCUUGAAAAGCUCCAGUGUGUGUGGAGGCCGACUUUUUCCUCUUGACUUUCUUUGAGCUCUUCCUCCCCCUCCUCACCCCGCUCACCCCCCCAGGGCCUCUCUCAUGGCUUCCCACUGCAGUAAACAAACUGCCCAAGCACAAAAGUGGGAAAUGGUCGCUGAUGCGAUGCGUACGUGAUGCUCGGCCGCCGAAUGGUGCCGGCUUGGAUUGGAGCGAGAAGCUCACUGACUUGUGCCGUCGGUGAGCUCAUCCCCCGGGUCCCCCGAGCGGCGUGGGCGCAGGUGGCCCGGUGACAGAGAGAGCGGCCCUCCGACCUGUGGGGACCAGAACGCGGAGGGAGCUGCGGCUUUGAAGAACCUUCUCCGCUCAGACGUGUGAAUGAGUUAUUUUUAGGCUAAUGACUUCAGCGUUUCCUUCCGAGUGUUUGGUUGGAGUUUCUGACCUGAUUUCUGGCUUUGACGCCGAACCAGUGCUGACAACACAAACAUCGAGGACCAGCACGUGUCUCCUACAGGCCUGCGGCUCCUCAGAUCUUUGACUUCCUAAAGUCAAGCUUGGUUUCCAUGGAAACCACUGGCCGCCAGGUGACGGGCAGGUCCGGACGCCGCUGUCGCUCCCGCUGACCCGGUCCGGGCGAGGAAGUGAUUCACCACUUCACCACUUCACCUUCUCUGCGGCCGCCUGGACACGUCAGACACUGGCGCUGACUCUAACAGCCCGAGACGAGCCGCGGCUGUCCGACUCCAUCUGACACGUUCAGCUGAAGGAGGACGGACUCGUCACCUGUCGAGUCAGAGCAGACGUCAGAGACGGAGCACGAGACUCUGCUGAAACAAAGCCGAACCCACAGCAGACCACAGUCCGGUCCAGGUGCUCGCUUGACACGGGCCGGUGAGAGGCUGAGCGUGUCGGAGGAUGAGUGGGUGAGAGGCUGUUGGAGCGCAUCGUCUCUGCCGCCGCCGCUGCUGCUGCCUGGGAUGUGGUUGCCAUGGCAACCCGUGUAGGAGUCUCCACGUGGAGCUCCAGCAGCAAGCAGGUCUCCCUCCUGCGUCUGACACCUGAGCUGAGCUGGUGGGCUCCAGCAGGCGUUCCUCAGUCAGAUGGAGGAGGCACGGGCUGCUGGCUCAGCUGAAGCGCUGAAUUAUUCAGGCUCAGCGUUCCGUGGCUGCCGGAACCCCAGCGCACCCGAGUGAAGGCGUGAGUCCUGCGCUCCGGAUGAGGCGGCCUCCGCUCGUCUGCCGGCUCCCGCUGGAGGCAGGGUCCGGUCCGUCUCCGUGGUAACCCCAGCACCAGAGCCGCUCACUUAUUCAUGAAGCUCACUUCUGUUCCAGUGGAGCUGUCACUUCGCCAGGGUUAGCGGUUCAAUUCCUCGCCGCGCAGCCGCGUGACAUCAGAUUGUCUAACGAGCCGCUUCUGCUGCGCUGAAUAAUUAACCGUCACAUGACCGUCAGGCUGGGCUGCAGUCAGCUGACAGAUCCAGGUCAGAGUCCAGACCCGCACCUGUAGGCCCUCCUCCUCCUCCUCCUCUGCGACCUCUUCAAGGUCAGAGCUGCAGAGAGGAUCAUCUCCUCCUCCUCCUCUUCAGCCUCUCACUGGCCCAGUUCCUUCUGACACGCGCUGCUCCUUCACAGCUCCUCCUUGGUCUCCUCCUCCUCCUCCUCCUCCUCCUUCUCCUCCUCCUCUCUCCUCCUCCUCCUCUUCAGCCUCUCACUGGCCCAGUUCCUUCUGACACGCGCUGCUCCUUCACAGCUCCUCCUUGGUCUCCUCCUCGCUCCACCAGCUUCUCAACCUUGCUUCUCCUCUGUCUCCUUUCCUUCUUCUCGUGUGUCUUCUCCCUCUCUGUCUCCAUCUGUCCUUCAUGUAGUCAUGAUGGUGACGGUGAAGAUGGUGAAGGUGAUGACGGUGAUGAUGAUGAUGAUGAUGGUGAAGGUGAUGAUGAUGAAGGUGAUGAUGGUGAUGGUGAUGAUGAUGAAGGUGAUGAUGAUGAUGAUGAUGAAGGUGAUGAUGAUGAAGGUGAUGAUGGUGAUGAUGAUGAUGGUGAUGAUGAUGAUGAUGAAGGUGAUGAUGGUGAUGGUGAUGAUGAUGAAGGUGAUGAUGGUGAUGAUGAUGAUGGUGAUGAUGAUGAAGGUGAUGAAGGUGAUGGUGAUGAUGAAGGUUAUGGUGAUGAUGAUGGUGAUGAUGAUGAUGAUGAAGGUGAUGAUGGUGAUGGUGAUGAUGAUGAUGAAGGUGAUGAUGAUGAUGAUGGUGAUGAUGAUGAAGGUGAGGAUGGUGAUGAUGGUGAUGAUGAUGAAGGUCAGGAUGGUGAUGAUGGUGAUGAUGAUGAAGGUGAUGGUGAUGAUGAUGAUGAUGAUGAAGAUGAUGGUGAUGGUGAUGAUGAUGAAGGUGAUGAUGGUGAUGAUGAUGAUGAAGGUGAUGAUGGUGAUGGUGAUGGUGAUGGUGGUGAUGGUGAUGGUGACCUCUGCACACUCCUGCUCCAACGCUCCUCAUGUGCUCUGACUCCUCACGGUCACCUGCUGCUGCUCAGGUGUGUCCCAGACUGUCUGGACCUGGGUCGAGGUUCUGAUCCAGUUCAGGCCAGUCACUGGUGCCACUUGAAUCCGGGUGUCACUUUCACAUGAGUGAAGCGGUGAGACGAGCGUCGCGGUCCAGAACAGAUCCAGGCCCGGCAGCCGAGCGUGAAGGUGGUCAGAAGCUGAAAUGCCGCGUCAACUCCGAUCAGGCUGGAACUCUUGACGGCGUCUCCGCUGUCAGAUCAGGAACGCAAACGCAAGCGAUCGCUUUCACACUUGAGCCUGGCACCGGCUGAGCCUCGCUCCCCCGGAAACAUGCAGCUCCAGUGAGCGGCAAAGGUCGUGGCGCCGCGAUGGAGCGUCCGGUCACUGAGCCUUUCAACCCGCCUGCCGAAGCAGAAGCCCAGGCGCCUUCAAACGUUCUCUGCUGCAGCUCAGGAUCCUCUGAUGGAUCCAGAACACUCCGGCCACAGCGCCUGGACUGGGCUCCAAACAAUGACCUGUCACCUCCAACUGGGACUUGGCAGGAUCCAGAUGCUGUGCAGAGGAGGGCAGGGCGAACUGAGACACAAGUCCUCGAGGAGCCACCGCUCGACGACACGGCAGUGGAGUCGUUGCCAGACAGCGAGUCGCUGUGCUGCUUGUUUGACUGGAAGGAACUGUGUUGAGAAGUGUUGUGAGGACCAGCUCUCGUGCCCCGACUAGCUGGGCCGCUGGCGGCUGACGUGAGGACGAGUCGAUAGUGGUGUCUCACAUGAAGGAGAGACGCACUCCAGUGCUCACAUCAUGAGUGUGUGUGUGUGUGUGUGUGUGCGUGUGUGUGCGUGCGUGUGCGUGCGUGUGUGUGCGUGUGCGUGCGUGCGUGUGGUCUGAGCAUGAGAACGUGUGAGCCGCCCCGACAUCAGCACGGCAGCUUUAAUGACAAACUUAUGUUUCCAUCAUCCACGACAGGAAGUGGGUCGAGCUGAGGAUGAGAGGGAUGACAAAAACAUUAUGACCACCGGCUCUGAUUGAAGAAAAGAUGGAGGAGAAAGUGUGUCAGUGCAGAGACGUACUUUAGUCGAGAAACAUUUGAUGAAGGAGCAAGGAAGCUGCUGCUGACACACACACACACGUCUCUCCUUUGCCUUCUGGGGACCUCUCUUGGCCAUCACCCUUCCCCCAGCCUCUCCCCUAAACACACAUGGCUCGCCUGAGCCAGGACUCUGAACCAGACUCUUAUUUUGAAGGCUUCAUCUCUAAUGGAGGCUUAACCUUGUGGGGUCCGGCCAAAGAGCUGGUCCCCACAAGUGAGGAUAAAUCAGGCCUACACACACACACAGCUGCGCCCAGGCACAUUGAUGUCAGGAUGAGGAUCUUUUAUUUAUCAUCGAUGACGUGCGGUUCCCUCCUGGAGUCGGACCCGUCACGUGUCGGACUCGCCGCGACUCGUGUUGAGUCCAAAGUUUUUCCCCGCAGCAAAUGAAAUCAGUGAAUAUUUCGACAACCCAAAUGGCAAAUCUAGCAGACAGGCGGAACAGUCAGUGACUCUGGCAGCCACGAGCCUGGGAUUUGUGAAUUCACGCUCCUGGUUAGCUGGGACGCGACCCCCGAGAAAGUCAUCCGCUCCCUUCUGCGGCAGCUGACGCUAAUGGUGUGGGACAGGAGUGUAGCCGUGUGCGAUUUGGUGGCGUAUGCUGAGUGCUGCCGGAGCUGCAGGCUACUCUGUGAGCACCGGGGCAGAGAGAAGGCGCCGCGCCGCCGCCGACCACACGGAUCACAUGACCGUCCCCACAGGAUGAGCAGGCAGAAGUGGUGUCAAGUCUCUGAUGCGGCAGAAGGUUCUGUGGUGGGGCUCCUGGCUGAUCUGAGAUCCGCUCCUCACAGCCAGAGAGGACCUCCCCACCAUGCUGGCUCUCCAGGGUUCCUCCGGCCGCUCGCUGACCCAUCACUGGGCCGCGCACCUCGCUUUGAGACCCAUGACUGCUACGCCAUGGCGCGCGUGUGUGUGUGCUGGUGGGCACCAGUUCUUGGAAGAGGCUGGGGAAAGGGCGAUGGCCGGGAGAGGUCCCCACAAGGAUGGAGAGAGAGAGAGAGAGAGAGCUGGUGCUCGCUGCAGUGCAGAUGGUGGUGGGGGUCCGGCCGGCCGAGAGAGAAGCGCGUGAGUGUGAGCU